AUGGAAGUUGAGGAAACUAUACGAUCGACCAAUGAUACUCUGGUCACCAAAAGGAAAGAGUCAAUCGUCAAGACUCGCAAGAGGAUGUCAAUACUCAAACUAAAGGAGUUGUCAGAGGCAAAGAAACAACAAAGGAAUCCACAGAUCAAAUCAGCAACAAAGUAUGAUAUUGAACAACGUCCAACACCAAAGAUCAAUCCACAUGUGCGUGCCACAAUGGGUCAUCAUCAACAACAACAGACAAAGGUGUCCAAACCAGACUUUGACAAGAUACAUAAUGAGGAGUUCAAGAAGCUUCAGUCUAUCACUGACUAUGAGGCAAAGAAAAGGGACGACGAUACAAAGCGCAGGAAUAUGUGGGCCAAGUUGGGCUUUGCCAUGCCAUUGCCAUUCGAGUCAUCGACCACAGAGGCCACCGUUCCAAAUGGCGCCAGUUGUGAUGAGGCAUUUUGUGACGAGCAGAAUGAUGACAUGGACAUUGAUACCGACAAGCUGAUAUCACAGAUGAAGCUGAGCGAUACCCCUCCCGAGGGUUGUUCCAUCCUAUCUGAGACCAUGGCCAAGUCGUCCACUCCAACCAGGACCAGAUCCAACACGACCACUGGCACACCAACCAGUACCAAGGGCACAAGGACACCGACCAAGAGUCCAGCAGCAGCAACAAGUACAUCAACAUCAACAACGACAUCAGUCACACCCACAAAGCAACUGCUCUCUCGCUCCACCAGCAGUGGCACACUAAAGUCCAACACACCCAGUAAGCUCAAACCACCCAUAAGUGUGACCAAGACACCAUUGCUGUCCACCAGUCAGAAUAGCAAUCCAGUCAAGGCUACCAACAACGGCAAUACACAUUCAUCAGCCAGUGAUCUGGCAAUCUCCACAUCCAUGCCCACCACAUCCACAUCUUCAUCAUCAUCAUUAUCAUCAACAAUGACAUCCAAGGCAACACAAGCCAACAACCACCACAACAACAAUGUAAAUACACCAAUAUUCACAGCGACAACCUCGGCCAUGUUGCUGGCCCAUGCCAAGGAGCAGACCAAGUCAACAAAGAAGACCAUACCCAGUCCAUUCGGCUUCUCCUCUUCGUCCAGAAGCAAGACAUCCAGUGCCGCCAGCUCCAUCUCUGCAAUGGCUGCAUCCACGACUACAGUAACACCCGCAGCAGCACAGACCACAUCACAAGCAACAUCAGCAACAACAACAACAACCUCAGCGACAACAACAACGACAAAGACCAAGAAGCCAUCAUCAUUGAAGAAGACAUUUAGUUCAUCUAGCUUCUCAUCUUCACUCACAUCAACAUUGUUCCGUCCACUGAUGAACCUUGCUGGCAGAGGAAAGAAGGAGACCACCACCACCACAGCCGAGCCCCCAGUGACCAUGAGUGAUAGCAACAGCAUUCUCCGAAGCAAUGACAAUCACACCAACAAUGCCACCACCACCACCACCACCACCAACAACAAAGUAUCAUCCACUGUAUCGGCCAAGGCUAGCACUGCUGCUGCUGUUGUGAGUAGCCAGAAUCUCCCGCCAACACCAAAGUCCGAGAGCAAGAAGACCAUCACCUCCACUUCGGUCUCGUCAUCCGCCACCAAGACAAAGUCCAGUAGUGCUCUAAAGAGACCAGUCUGGAAAUAA